AUGAGCUCUGGAAGUAGGAAGAAUACACACUAUGAAAACACGAAAUUCUAUCCACAGUGGGCACCUCGAAGACCCCAACAACCAGCUCCUAUCCAUCAACCGCAUUCGGAUGUGUCCCCACCCUACCCACUUCCGAAGACUAUCUGCAGUCUCCCAUCUCCCGUCGUUUACCUUUAUGCACGCUCUCAGACUUCUAUGGACUCUUGCGAAUCCUCCCGGUCGUCCUUACCAUCCUCAAAGACAACCUCUCUCCUGUUUCAACACGAUCCGAGGCCCACAAUUAAAAAUACCUCAAAAUAUCUCGCCAUCUUACGUACGUAUACCUCUCACAAGAUUCAGGCCAUUAAAGCCUGCCUUGCGGACGCACGCCUGAGGCACAGCAUGAUAACCCACACCAGCCAGCAGCAAUCAGUACCCACAACUCCGCCUAUGCCAAAUAUAGAUAAGGAUCUUCAGAGAGACAACCGAAAACAACGAGUUGGUGAGCCGUGGGUCCUCGAGCCGUUGUUUUGGGAAAGCGGGACUAGUGCACCACAGGCCCAAGAAUCGUGUGAGGGAUCAUGGAUUUUGUCCGUCCUGCCCGAAGGGAGGAAUUGUGGAAUUUUUAGGAACCUUGGACGCGACACAGGAUACAGCCUGGAGCCUGGAGUGCAGUAUCUGCAUGACGCGAAAUUAACCGCGCGCCUACCCCCUCACCAUUAUUUUUUAAGGGAACGGUUCUGGGACGCAGUACCUUUGGAACCAAGUCCAAACCCAAAGCGAGAGAUCCCAGAAAUCCAAACUCUCUACCCUAGCCCGCGGUCGGAUAAUCAAGCGAGACACGAAAUCUCCCUUAGGAGUUUCAAACUAGGUCCUGUAAUCUGUGGAGAUGAAGGAAGGAGAUCAAUGGCUGAGGGUGGCUGGAGGAGGUGCGAUUUGGUCGGUGUUAUAUUGGGACAGAAAGGGCCCUGGAGGGAUUAG